AUGCCGUCAGCCUCCCCUCAAACAGUAAGUAGGCAGUGUCCAUUCCCUUCCUGGCACGACCUUCCUCUAUCACCAACAUGCACUGACCAACCGGCCACCAACCAGGUCAAACUAAAAUCGACCCUCCGCCUUCUCAUCCCUCGGCUCCGCAACGCCCAGAAGAAAGACACCGCGCUGUCCAUCACGUCGCGGCGCGAGAUGGCCGAGCUGCUCUCGCAGUCCCGUGAGGCCUCCGCGCGCAUCCGCGUCGAGAACAUCAUCCACACGGACAUCACAGUCGAGCUGAUGGAGAUCCUGGAGCUGUACACGGAGCUGCUGCUGGCGCGGGCGGGCCUGCUGGACGUGCGAGACAAGAACGUGAAGGAAGGGACCGCUUCCGCCGGCGACGACUCGACGGGCCUCGAGGAGGCCGCCGCCAGCAUCAUCUACGCGGCGCCGCGGCUCGCGCGGGACGUGAGGGAGCUGGCGAUCGUGAGGAAUAUGUUGAUCGAUCGCUUUGGGAAGGAGUUCGCCAUUCGUGCGAAUGACAAUGUGGACAACUGUGUGCCUGCGCGGGUGGUCGAUAAGUUGAAGGUCGAUCCGCCCGGCGAGAGGCUCGUCCAGGCGUAUCUGGAGGAGAUUGCACGGACGUAUGGUGUUGAUUGGCCGCCACAUCGGGAAGAGGUGGAUGAGCUGGGGAAAGAGGUUGACGACGAGGAAGACGAUGACGGAGUAGGUGGUGGUUCGAAAGAGGCACCGAUUCUCGCGGAUGGCGCCGCUGCCCCCUCGACGCCAGCGAAGCCGAAUAAAAUCGACAUUGGGUCGCUGCAGAAUGCCACGCCCCCGGCAGGUCUGGGCGCGAAGAGUCCUGUCUCGGUCGCUCCGCCGGGCGCCCGGACCGACAAUCCCAGUCCUAAAGUCAAAUUACCUGGCGGAGGCGUAGUGGGCAAAGGCGAUGACAAGCCGAGAUCUACGGGAGCGGCGGCGGCAACGGCCAAAGGGAAGGGAGCUGCUACAGGGGGUGCUGUGCCUGGUAAGGUUCCCACGGUGGAUGAUCUGGCGAAGAGGUUCGCUGCACUGAAAUGA